AUGGGGCAUAAACACAAAAAGAGGAAGCACGAGGAUCGUGAGGAGGACAAAUCCCUUCGGAAAAAGGUCCAUGAGCUCGAUGAAAAAAUUGAACGCUUAUUUGAGGUUGUCACCUCGGCGUCAGGAACGGUGAACAAGGAAAACCAACCUGCAAAUGCAGGCACUGGUGUCCCCGUCCUGGAUAACAGUGACGUACUUCUCGAAGCAUCACCAACUAAAACGUCCGACGUACCAGCGCCAGAUGCAUCAGUGCUAGACACUCAACUUCGGUCAUCACCUCCAACUAUUCUCUCUCCCAUAAUUAAUAUGGAAGAGACAGUGGAGGAAGACGAGCUUGACCCAGAAAUUUUAGAAGUUCUGGGCGCAGACCCAUCGAAACCAAAAUACGCAGCCAUCGAACUUCAGGAUCAACUGAAAACUCGUUGGGCUUUCUGGUUCUCCUUUCCUCUAGACAAGGACGAAAUGUCCGAGAUGAUGGAUCAAUACCCACGGGGAACCGAUAAGUGUUGUUUUGAGGCACCAAAAUUAAAUCCAGAGAUUCCUGCAAUGUCUACCGACGCACUGGUCCAGAGAGACAACAAAUUCAUUAUUUCCCAGAACCUUACAGGAUCCGCACUGGUUGCUCUGAGGGCAGCAAUCUCUAGCCUUCCGGGAGACGAUGAGAUUGACAAGCUGAAGCUCUUACGCAAGCUUUGCGACACCGGCAAAAUGAUGAUCCAAGUCCAUCGGGGUCUUUCAUCAACCAGACGAGCUUUUGUGUCUCCAAGUUUAAACAAACAAGUUCGGGAAGCUCUGGACUUCACAACCCCAGACAAGCUUCCAUAUGGUUCUAACCUUUCAGAAAAAGUAAAGGAAGUCAAGACAUUGGCGAAGCUUGGGCAGGAUCUAAAGGUGACAACUGCAAACAAACCUGCAAGAUCACACCAUUUAAACUCGAAGAGCUCGUUUGUGAAGUUCAUAAGAAUACAAACGAGCAUGAAGCCUCGAGCACAGGACCGAGCAAGCAACAGCAGCAAACAGAGUCACCACCCGAAGCGCAAGAACGUCCUGCAGGCACCUCCACAAGAAGCUCCUCAACGGGAAACCCGGAAAUAG